GAGGCGCCUUCGAAGUGCGCAUGCGCGUCGUCGUUUUACUCCUUGAGCAGGCUUCGUGUCGAAACCGUUUUCUUCUGUCGAGUGUGUCGCUGUAUGGCCAGAUACAUGAGGCCUCCAAAUACGUCUUUGUUUGUCCGGAACAUCUCCGAUGAGUCCAGGCCUGAGGAUUUACGGCGUGAGUUUGGCCGCUAUGGGCCGAUAGUAGAUGUCUACAUCCCACUUGACUUCUAUACACGCCAACCAAGAGGAUUUGCAUACAUUCAGUUUGAGGAUGUGCGAGAUGCAGAAGAUGCUCUUCACAGCUUGGACAGAAAGUGGGUUUGUGGCCGGCAGAUUGAGAUCCAGUUUGCCCAGGGUGACCGAAAGACGCCCAAUCAGAUGAAAUCGAAGGAGAGGCGUUCCCCGGGCCGAUCGUCUCGGUAUGACGACUACGACCGAGAUAGCCGACGCAGGCGAUCACGCAGCCGCAGCUACGACAGAUAUGAGCGGUACGAGCGCUAUGAGCGAUACCGGUCCCGCAGCCCAUCUUAUGAUCGCAGGCGCAGACGAUCGGAGUCUCCUAAGGAGACUCGUGGACGAAUGUAUCCAAGAGGAAGAAGCAGGAGUCGUGAGGAAGACAGAUACAAGCACAAACCUCGGAGAGAGUCCAGAGAGAGGUCUAGAUCACACCAAGGAUCUGCAUCUCCCCAUGAAAACAUCAAUCAAGCGUCCGCCUCCCAUUACAUCGAGGAAGAAGUGAGACGCGUGCAGACCCCCUCCCACUCCCGGUCUCGGUCCAUGUCGAGAUCGCGCUCGCGUUCCCGCUCCAGAUCCUGGGCUGGCCGCAAAACUGGAGGGCGCUAACACAGAUCCUCUUCUCUUCCCUGGUUCCUGCCUGUCAGAUGGAUCUGAGCAGGUCUUUAUCGAGUGAAGAUAUUUGUUCACAAGAAUAUGACCUCUGUCAACUGCUUGUUCUCGCAGCUCCGUUUUCCAAUCAGCACUAUCUCUUGUUUUUUUUUUUUGUUUUUUUUUAUGAUAGGAAAUCCUGGUUUCUGUGUUCUUUGGUGUCAUGCCAAGAGUCCUUUUUUAUCUACAGUAACUCCUGUUUUCAACCCCUUUUUAUUUCCAAAAUUAAAAAGCGCAUUCAGUAUUUUAGGAAAAAUAUCUCCAGCACAUCUAUUAAUCGCACACAUAACAGACCUUUAAUAUACUCUAAUUUCCUUUCAGAGUUGUAAUGAUUUGAUCUCAAGUCUUCGAACAAAAAGAGACAUAAAAGUUACUGUGGGCUGAUUAGUUGUUAAAUGAGAUCAGAAGCUAAAAUGCUAACAGGAUGCUGCAACCUUCAAGUGUUAAGAAAUCGUCAGAACUGUGUUUUUGUUCAUUUUUUUUGUGGUGUUUUCUCUGAGAGGUCUUUUCUAACUUUUUUUUUCUUGCAUUUUAGUCGCAAAUGUUUGUUCUAAGAGGAUAAGCAAAAAUUUCUCAAGUUUACUUAAGUGCUGAUGUUUUUUUCCCCCUGUAAUUGCAUGUUUUAUCCUCGUAAAUCUCAAACUUUGGUAGAAAACGAGCUGUUAUUUUUUGAGUAAUAAACUAGUAUGGUUCCAUAACAAAAA